AUGGAUGCUGAAGAAGCUAUUAUCCGGGAGCGGAUAACAACAUCCGAAGCAAACUAUAAACGUCUACUGAAAAUAUGUAUGGCCAUGGUGUCUGAAAAGACGCCUAGUCUCGAGACGGUAGCUAGUUCAUCGCAAGCUUUGAAUAUCGAGCUGGAUUCAUAUGAAAUGAUGCUGAACCAGCUCCAAUUGCAGCUUAAUAUGAAUGAGAAGGAGAUUCACAAGUAUGAAGAACAGAAAAAUGAAGGAAACGCCACAAUUCUGGAACUGACGCAGAAGUCGGUUGAAUUGCAAGACAAAUUGGCCAAUGCACAAGUGAUCCGGGCACAGAAAGAGGAGUGUAGUGCUAUGGUUGACGAGAUGGUAAAGCCAAAGAAAGUAAUGCUUGAUGAAGGCGAUCGAAAAGUUCCUAUUAUUGCGUUACUCAACUCGUCAAGAGCAGAAGAUCAGAAGCUAAAUGAAUCUUUAAGCGAAGAGAUAAAUGAGCUGGAAGUUCAGAAGGCGAAGUACCAGGCAGUGUGGGACAGUCGGCGGGCACAAUUUGAUCAAUUCUCCAACAGUGUAGAUGAAUUUGCAGAAUCUUUUCUUAAAAGGGUCAGAGCAGGUGCUGAUAGAGACGGAGAUAGCAGCAGAGAAGCUACGCCAUUUGAGGGAGAGGGUGAAGUUGAUGACGAUGACACAGAUCACAAUGUUGACAAUGCCACCGAGAAUUAUGACAGUGUAGCUGGUACACCGGUUCCUCCUCAAACGCCGAGAGAACAAAGUGCUGCACCUGUGGUCAAUACAGAUUCAAAGGAAGCAGAAGCAGAGGAUGUGGAAAUGGCCUAUUAG